AUGAGUGCGUACCAGCUAUGGGUUGAUGGCCGCAACACCGUCGGUCACGGAGACCUAAUCCCGGUCGAAGACCCCGCGACAGGCGAGACCUGCCACUCCGCCUCGGCAUCCGACGUCGACGAUGCCAUCGCCAUCGCCCACCGCGCCUUCAAGUCCGGCGUCUGGGCCAAGGCCCCCCGCGAGACGCGCGCCUCGGUCCUCGAAAAGGCCGCCGCCCUCCUCACCCAGCACCUCCCCACGCUCAUCCCCCUCGAGGUGCAGCAGACGGGCCGCGCCGUGCGCGAGAUGAACGCGCAGGUGCCCUCACUUGUCCGCUGGUUCCGCUACUACGCCGCCGUGCUGCGCACCGAGGAGCGCCCCGUGCUCCCCACCAGCGGCAAGCUGCACAACUGGCUCGAGCGCGUGCCCCUCGGUGUCGUCGUCCAGAUCACGCCCUUUAACCAUCCGCUGCUCAUCGCCGUCAAGAAGCUCGCCCCCGCGCUCGCCGCCGGCAACAGCGUCGUGCUCAAGCCCAGCGAGCUGACGCCCCUGACGAGCCUGCUGCUGGGCCCGAUCCUCAAGGAGGCGGGCGUGCCUGACGGCGUCUUCAACGUGCUCCCUGGCCUGGGCCCCGUCACGGGCAAGGCGCUCGUGAGCCAUCCGCUCGUCCGAAAGGUCGACGUCACGGGCGGGACGGCGGCUGGGCGGGCCAUCGGAUCUAUAGUCGGGGCCAACCUGGCGCGGUACACGGCCGAGCUGGGCGGCAAGGCGCCCCUCAUCAUCUUCGAAAAGGCCAAUCUCGACGCGGCCGUCAAUGGAGUUGCGUUUGGCUCAUUCAUCGCCUCCGGACAGACCUGCGUUGCCGCCACGCGAAUCAUUGUCCACGAGAGCGUGCUGCCUGAGUUGAUGUCUCGGCUGAAGCAAAAGUGCGAGUCCAUGGCACGGCGGAUGGGCUCACCGACGAAUCCAGACUCGUCAAUGGGCCCCCUGGUCUCGUCUCGCCAGCUGGCCAAGGUCGAAGCCCUCGUUGGCGAAACGCUGUCACGCCCUGAGCUCGCACAGCUACUCUGCGGUGGUCACCGAAUGUCUGGAUUGUCGCCUCUCGAUGGCACAGAUUUCUCCAAGGGCUACUUUUACCCACCGACCGCCAUCUUGCUGCAGCAUAUGGGCUCGCCCGCCGACCGUCCCGCUCUGUGGAAAGAAGAGGCGUUUGGUCCGGUCAUCGUCCUCGCUGCGUUUGAGACGGAGGAGCAGGCCGUGCAGCUCGCCAACGAGACGGACUUUGGGCUCGGCGCGGGCAUCUGGACCGAGGAUCUCGCCCAGGCAUUCCGCGUGUCUGAGCAGGUAGAGUCGGGCAUCGUUUGGGUCAACACGCACCACCGAAAUGACCCGAGCAGUCCCUGGGGCGGGGCGACGAGCGAGAGCGGCGUAGGGAGCGAGAAUGGCGUCGAUGCAUACCAUGCCUAUACGACAACCAAGAGCAUCAUCAUCAACUACGCGUCGGCGGAGGAGUCGCUGGCGAGCGACGACUGGUUCAAGGAGGGUGCUGCCGGUGUCAGAUACGGCUGA